UCACAAACAACACCGUGACGUGUGCGCCGUGGUGUGUCGUUGGCAGAUUGUUCGUCGCAAGUGGUGUUGAGUGGUGUGCACGAUGUGGCCCGUAAAGAGGUUAUUCUGCUUGUUCCUAAUGUUCGCCGGCUCGAAUGCCGGCGGCCCGAUCCUAGUUUUGCUCGAUAAUCUCGCAAUUAAGGAGACGCACUCGAUAUUCUUCAAGAUGUUGCAAGACAGCGGUUAUGCAUUAACUUUCAAGUCAGCUGACGACGCAACUUUGCAGCUUUCCAAAUAUGGCGAAUAUUUGUACGAACAUUUGAUAAUAUUUGCACCGACCGUGGAAGAAUUUGGCGGUGUCCUAAAUGUAGACGCGAUAACGGAAUUUAUAGAUGACGGUGGAAAUGUUCUACUCGCCGGCUCUUCGCAAUCUGGUGAUGCUAUGCAUGAAUUGGCUUCUGAAUGUGGCUUGGAGGUAGAUGAGGAAGGAUCCACUGUGAUCGAUCAUAUGAACUAUGAUGUUUCUGACAGCGGCCAGCAUACCACUAUAGUGGCGGAUCCGGCGAAUCUAAUAGAUGCUCCAGUUAUCGUUGGAAGCAAGGACAUUCCUCCAUUAUUAUAUCAGGGAACUGGACUGAUUGCAGAUACAGAUAAUCCUUUAAUUUUACGCUUAUUAUCGGCGUCCACUUCAGCAUACACCUAUUAUCCAGAUCAACCAGUCAAAGAAUAUCCACAUGGAGUUGGAAAAAAUACUUUACUGAUAGCAGCUCUGCAGGCAAGAAACAAUGCUCGAGUUCUCUUUUCGGGUUCGCUAUUUUUCUUCAGUGAUGAAGCAUUCACCAGCCCUGUUCAAAAAGGACAAGGUGGUCAAAGAUAUGAGAAGUCUGGCAAUCAAAUGGUGGCUAAGGCUAUGGCACAAUGGGUAUUCAAGGAGAACGGUGUUAUCCGCGUGUCGUCUGUUCAUCAUCAUCGAAUCGGCGAGACGCAGCCGCCAGCCGCGUACACCAUUAUGGACAACGUGGUAUAUUCAAUCGAAGUUGAAAGGCUGUCUGAUGGUAAAUGGGUGCCCUACGAGACAAACGAUCUGCAGCUGGAAUUCGUGCGAAUCGAUCCGUUUGUGCGUAUGACUAUGAAACCGGUGGGAAAUGGCCGUUAUGAAGGCAGGUUCAAAAUUCCCGACGUAUACGGAGUGUAUCAGUUCAAGGUGGAUUAUACACGUAUCGGAUUGACGCAUCUGUAUAGCACCACGCAGGUUUCCGUACGUCCACUGCAGCAUACGCAAUACGAGCGUUUUAUACCAAGCGCUUUUCCAUAUUACAUAAGUGCGUUCUCUAUGAUGGCCGGCGUGUUUCUUUUCUCUCUUGUACUGUUGCAUUACAAAGAAGAUACAAAACCAAAGUCCGAAUAACGUACCGAUGUUUGCGGAUUUUAUUAUCGUGUUCGAUUGGGUGGCCUUUUUUAAAGGCUGUAGUAUCAUUUCCAUUUGUUUCUUGAAAAGCGUAAUAUCAUAAGAGAAUUUAUGAGAGUAAAAAUUGAAUUGUUAAUACUUAUUUAAAAUCGUUUUAUGAUUUGUCCUGAUAUGAAUUCGAGUAUCAGUGAUUAUCGAGCAGCACUCUAUAAAUAAUGUAGCGCUAUGUCUUAAAAAUUGCAUUCCUAUAUGUACGUAAUAAGAUUUUGUUUACAUUUAUUAUGGUUACAUCACGAAAAAAAAAUCAUGAAAAUUUUCAUACAGUACAUUUGUUCACACAUUUAUUCAAGAAUUAAAGCACUGUAUAUAAAACGUAGUGUAUAUAAGAUUGUACUAAAAGUUCAUAAGAACGAAUAAACGCUAAAAAUUUUGUACCAUCACUUAAUUCAAUUCGCGAGGCAUAGAGUACAUUUUUUUUGUGGAAUUACAAUUGUUUUUUGGCAUUGUAUUUUUAAUAUAUUUUGAAAUAUAUUUAAUAUAUAAUUAGAAUUUCAUCA